GGCAGGGGAGGGCUGUGGAGUGCAACAUCCAAAAGCGGAUCAAAUUUGUGGGACAUGGCACAAGGAAAUAAUUAUGGGCAAAGCAGCAAUGGGGUGGCUGAUGAAUCCCCAAACAUGCUGGUGUACAGAAAGAUGGAAGAUGUCAUAGCCCGCAUGCAAGAUGAGAAAAAUGGGAUUCCUAUCCGUACAGUGAAAAGUUUUCUUUCCAAGAUCCCCAGUGUCUUUUCUGGUUCAGACAUUGUUCAAUGGUUAACGAAGAACUUAUCAAUAGAAGACCCAGUGGAAGCCCUACAUUUAGGAACAUUGAUGGCAGCACAUGGCUAUUUCUUUCCAAUCUCAGACCAUGUUCUAACACUGAAGGAUGAUGGCACCUUUUAUCGAUUCCAGACACCCUACUUUUGGCCAUCAAAUUGUUGGGAGCCGGAAAACACAGACUAUGCUGUUUACCUCUGCAAGCGGACAAUGCAAAACAAAGCAAGGCUAGAGCUAGCAGACUAUGAAGCUGAGAGUUUGGCCAGGCUACAGCGAGCAUUUGCUCGGAAAUGGGAGUUUAUUUUUAUGCAAGCUGAAGCACAAGCAAAGGUUGACAAGAAGAGAGACAAGAUAGAGAGGAAGAUUCUUGACAGCCAGGAGCGAGCAUUCUGGGAUGUGCACCGUCCGGUGCCUGGAUGUGUAAACACUACUGAGGUGGAUAUAAAAAAAUCUUCAAGAAUGAGAAAUCCACAUAAAACAAGAAAGUCUGUCUAUGGCUUACAAAAUGACAUUCGAAGUCACAGCCCUACCCACACACCAGUACCAGAGACUAAGCCACCCACAGAAGAUGAACUACACCAAGAGAUUAAGCACUGGCAAAUGCAGUUAGACAGACAUAGAUUAAAAAUGUCAAAAGUUGCAGAGAGUCUAUUAGCUUAUACAGAGCAGUAUUUGGAAUAUGAUCCUUUUCUUGUGCCCCCUGAUCCAUCAAACCCUUGGAUAUCAGAUGACACCACUUUCUGGGAAAUGGAGGCAAGCAAAGAGCCAGGACAGCAGAGGGUGAAACGAUGGGGGUUUGGCAUGGAUGAAGCUUUGAAAGACCCUGUGGGAAGAGAGCAGUUUCUGAAAUUCUUGGAGUCAGAAUUCAGUUCAGAAAAUUUAAGGUUCUGGUUAGCAGUAGAAGACCUGAAGAAGAGGCCUAUCCGUGAAGUCCCUGCUCGCGUCCAAGAAAUCUGGCAAGAAUUUCUUGCUCCGGGUGCACCCAGCGCUAUCAACCUAGAUUCAAAAAGUUAUGACAAAACCACUCAGAAUGUGAAGGACCCUGGAAGAUACACGUUUGAGGAUGCUCAGGAGCACAUUUACAAACUGAUGAAAAGUGAUUCUUAUCCUCGUUUUAUACGAUCCAGUGCCUACCAGGAGCUGCUACAGGCCAAGAAAAAGGGCAGAAACAUCCCAAUUUUCCCAUGCCAUAAAAACUGUACACCAACACUGAGGGCGAGCACUAACCUGUUAUGAAAAGAGGUAAAGGCUUCCUGUAAUAUGCUUUGAAUCCACUGUAAUCAGGAAGAAAUUUGGAUUCAAUGGGACAAAGUCAGUAAAGGACACUAAAAGUAAAUAAACAGCCACAAAGGAAACUAUCCCAGUGUUUGAAACAAAAACCCCUAUGUUUUGCAUGGUGGUGUUGCCAUAGCAUGUUGCAGUGUGAUUUGUGUGUCGUCUAAGCAGGUUGGAUCUAUAAAACACGAUUGUACAUGAUAACAUUUUACAUGAUAAUUCCACUAUAAUUCUGUAGGAAGUUCCAUAUUAAUAAAAAUUCUGUAAAAGAGAGUGCAGAGAGUGGGUAAUACAUCCGGGAUCUCUGAGAGCCAGACUUUUUCCCAGUCAUGGUUCCUGGCAAGCUGCAAUGCUAUGUUUAUUCCUGGCAUUUUGAACAGCCCACAGGUCAGGAAUUGGCUAUGGGAAAGAUUAUGUGAACAGGUGGCUAUGAGGAGAGAAAUAGCAAGCUGCAGAUAGAUGGGAGGUGAAUAAAGCACAAAGAGGGAAAAAGUGAAGACAGACUGGAGACACUGAAAUCACUCCCAGAGCACUGUUACGGAUAAACCAGCAGUUCUGGGCACAAACAUGGGAGCAUAGUGCCCCUCAGCCAUGCCCAAUUUUCGUCGUGCUAAUCUCAGGGCAGAAGUACCAGAAUAGCAGGAUGCCAGAAACACAAAGCAGGCCCAAUAAACCAGCUGCAAACUACAAAUGGCAAUGAGGAUUUCUGGACAUGAAGCAUUAGUACUUCUGUAGAAGAGGGCGAUUUUUUUUUUUUCUUUUCACAGAGCAAGCUGUAAAAUAAAAUCUGUGGUUUUGCUUUUCUUCAAAAUGCUGCCUUUUAAUCUGGGUGGAGUCUGUCAAAUCAGGUCAGGUAUGAAAGAAAAACAUGUCUCUGUUAGAUCUAUUCAGAUGACUGAAUUCUUGUUACCCACUUCCUCAGGACCCCUUGCCACAAGGCAUCUUAUUCUUCCACUCUUGUUCUUGGCUGUGAUAAGUUUAUAAUAUCUAAUUAUCUACCUUGGUACAGUGGUUCCAACUAGCAGGGAUGAGGGAAACAUUUCUCAGAAUAUCCUACAGUGUACUGAUUAACUUGCUCAAUUGUGAAGCGGGGGACUGUAGAAUAGAUCUGCUCUACAGAACAUAGUGUGAAAUAGGUCUUCUGCCACCUGGAUAAAUGUUGUCAUCUCUGAACGAUUUUAGUGAAAUGUACAGGUUUUUUUCUCCUCUGAUGGUUUACAAUAUUUAGACUAAUUUUCACUGGAUUUUUUUGUCACUUACAUCACAGUAGAUUUGUAUUGAACUAAAUUAGACCUCAGUUUUUUCUAUUUGAAAUGUUUAAAAAACCCCAGUAACCUUGGUUGUGUCUUAGGAGACAAUCUGAGAAGAUGGCCUCGUAAUUCAUAACCUGAUUUGUUGAGACGGAGACUCUAAGAGGCUGCUGUUCAAUGUUAAGUGAAAUUGGGUUAUACUUGCUACAGAAAGAAUUUGUUAAACUAGAAAGUUUAGAAAUUUUAAAGGGCAAUUACACUGUACUAUUUAAUGAAUCAUGUAGAAAUAACCUAUUAUAAUGAGUCAUUAUUCUAGUCUGAUGGGGAAGAAAUAGAAGUGGAGCUAUAUA